AUGGUUUUCUUAGUUGAACAGGUGUACGGCUCUUACGUCCUGUUGGCCUACGUAAUGAAUGGGCUUGAAUGGCGCCAUAACCGACUGAAGCUGAAUCCAUGUUUGCUGAGACCUCAGGCUGUGAAAAAGCUCCUCCCACUGCUAGCCUCAGUGACAGAAGACUUCUCAGAGGCUCUGAAGCAGAAGGUGCUACAGAGUGCCCAUGGGAGACUGACCCUGGACAUCAAGCCCAGUGUCUUCAACUAUGCUGCAGAAGCCAGCUGUGCCGCACUUUUUGGAGAAAAAUUGGGUCUCUUUGGCCAAACCGCCAAUUCUGACAGCCUGAAUUUCAUCCAUGCCCUGAAUGCCAUGUUUCAAACCACUCCCGAACUCUUGUUCCUGCCCACAAAUCUGACCUGCUGGACCAAGGGCCCGCAGUGGAAGGAGCACUUUGAGGCCUGGGACUGUAUCUCUGAGUAUGCUGAAAAUUGCAUCCAGAAGAAAUAUGAGGAAAUUGCUGGAGGUUGCCUUCAGAACACAGGCGGCAUCGUGACAGAUCUGCUGUUGCAGGGGCAUUUGUCACUAAAUCGCAUAUGGGCCAACACUGUGGACCUCAUUGCAGGGAGUGUGGACACGACAGCCAUUCCCUUGAUUAUGACGCUCUUUGAGAUGGCCAGGAACCCCUCAGUGCAGCAGGCCCUGAGGCAGGAGAGCCUGGCUGCUGAAGACAGCAUUUCUAGGGAUCCCAGCAGGGUUACCGCAGAGCUUCCCCUUCUGCAGGCAGCCAUCAAGGAGACCCUGAGGUUGUACCCCAUUGGGCUUAGUUUGGACAGAAUUGUGACUUCAAACAUGGUGCUUCACAACUACCACAUCCCAGCUGGGACUAUGGUGCAAUUAGCCAUGUACUCCCUGGGCCGAAACCCCCAGACAUUCAACAGUCCUGAGGAAUAUAGGCCCCAGCGCUGGCUGGAAAGCAAGAAGAGCUUCCACCACCUGGCCUUUGGCUUUGGGGUACGCCAGUGUCUGGGACGACGCGUGGCAAUGAUGGAGAUGCUGCUGUUUCUGCAUCACAUGCUGAAAUCCUUCUGGGUGGAGACAGCAUUCCAAGAAGAUAUGAAAUUUACCUACCGGUUUGUUCUGAUGCCCACUUCCUUUCCCCUCCUCACUUUUCAUACUGUCAGCUAG